UACACAAUUCACCCAAAAGCGAACGUACCUAAAGCUUUAUUCGAUGGCCGAGAUUCUCAAGUUCUCAAAAGUCAAAAGACAUUCAUAAACAUUUCAACUUUCUACAGGAUAAAAUGACCAAUCGUUAAAUUCAGACAGAUUUCCAACUUAAAAUUAAUUAGCAAUAAGUGGAUUGACUCUAAUAAUUACCAAACCACCUAGACAACAGGUACCACAAACUGAGGACAUCAGCAAAUAAACCAGACUACUUCAUGAACAAAACGGAGAGCUUUAUCAGUCUUUUUUUGUUUGCGUUUUCUAGAAAUUUUGUGGCCCAAAGAUACAGUAAUGGUUCGGUAUGAACAAGUAUACCUGUCUGAACAUCAAUGGAAUGAUCUGAGAUUUGGUCAGUAUGACAAAAGCCUAAUGUCUUUGCUAGAGGCCUAAACUGUACUAUAUCAACUGAAAUUUACAUGGAGAAGCUUGUUGAUAAAGCCAGGGGAAACAUCGGGUUGUUGCUUCGCCAUGGUGAUAUUUUCAAGACUAUUUAGAUAGAAAUUUCAAAGACGAAAUAAUAGAGAAAGCUUGACCUGUUUUCUAGCCUAGAGGAAGCCACUUGGAUGUUUGAACGAACACUGUCGUCGAAUGCGCAAUUAGCGAACCCAUUGGACUGCAAAAAAUCAAGAGAGGGCUUUUGAAACCAAACUGAUCAAGUUUGUCAAAGAAUAUGACACGUUACGGGAUCAAACUGAACAAAACAAUAACAUUUGGCUCGAAAUUAAAUAUAUAUAAAUUUCAGGGUCCAUAAUGUAAUUUUUAGUAUUAUUCUCUCCUAUCUUAUUUUUUAACGGUCAUCCAAAAUCAGAUCAGUUCCAUCUCCGUCGACAACUGUCGUAACCCUAACAAACCCAAAAUGUCCUUUGACAAAAAUAGCCUUACUACAAGGGAAACAAAAUUGAAAAAAGGAAAUUGACAAAUUGACAAGUUGCUUGGGUACUAAGCAAUUACGUUAUUUCCUUUUUUUUUUUGCGACUCACCACAAUUGCUAUAUAUGUUCUACUAGCACUCUCAUUAUUUCCAAUAUUUCUUCUUCUACUUCUAGUUUAUCAUUCAUCAAACCCUAAGCCACCUGAGAGAAUCAACAAACGAAGAAAGAACAAGAUGAAGGAUUUGAUUGCUGCUGCCAUCAAGAGCACUUACGAUACUCGGAGCCCUGGUGGAGUCGAUCGUUGCAUCGAUCUAUUGAUUCGGUUGAAGUCUCUGUCUCUCUCCGUCAAAGAUAUUCUUUACUUCUCCAAGUCGAUUUUCAAACUCGAGACUUUGAGAAGGCAUCGAAACCCUAAAAUCCGGGAAGUGUCUCAAUCUUUGUUUACUUCCUUGUUGAAGACGCUCUACUCGCAAGGGACAGACAACCCGGCCGGUCUUAACAAAGCUCGUCUGAAGAGGAAAGAGGCAAAUACCGGGUCUUUGACGAAUAAAAGGGCAAAGACCAAUCUUUUGGUUUCGGACAAGAAACAAGAUCACAAAACUCUCGCUCGGGAACCUGUGGUAAGGAGGGCUGAGACAAAGAAGACCGAUGCUUGCAUGUCUGUUACGACCAAGCCUGUUACUACCACGGCUCUUCCUCAGCAAUCGAGACGGGACAUCAAAGAUGGUAAGGUUACAACCAAAACCUUGAUUCCUCCUCCGAGGAGAGUCCCUGCUUGCAAGAACGUUCCAGCGAAGGCUUCUAGAAACCCUAAAACAGAGGAGAUGGUUGAGCUGUUUGAAGCAGCAAAAAAAGCGGCUGACGUGGCCAAUGCUAAGGGUAUUCUCUCUGGCAAAUCAGACGCGUUGAGGUGUGUAGAGGCUAUCUCAUUACUCAUGAAGAUGAACGUCACUCCUAAACCUAAUGAGCCAAGGAAGAUGAUCGAAAGGCUGGAGAGACUUGCCAAGCACAAGGACCGUACGAUUUGCAGUGCUGCAACAACCCUUCUCCAGAUUUGGAGGCAGAGGAUCAGAGAACAAGAACGUAAAGAGUCUUCUGCCAUCAAGAACCCUCGUAGAGUUCAACGAACAUGCGGUCAGGGCUUCACAAGAGAAUCUACAAAGGCGAUGAAGUUAGUGAUGUGA